AUGAGCAUGGGAAAGAUGUGGGAGGAGGACAAUUUUCACAACGCGGUGCAGCACAAGCUGCUGGAGUGUUCGCAUGUGAUCAAUGUGUUCGAGGAAUCAGCCAAGUUCAGACUCGCGAGGAUGGGGGAGAAGCUGACAAAGCUUGAGAGGUACAUGAUCUUUGUAGAGUCCCGCUUGAGCCGAGAGCCGGCACAGUUCGAUGGUGCUUAG